CGUUCGAAACGGAGCGCGGACGCCAGGUCGAGACAGGAGCUCCCGCCGCAGUAUCGGAAUGAGGCGAGGGUAGAACCUUUACGCACGAGGGUUGCAUUUGAUCUGUAAAACGCUUUUUCUUUUUCUUUAGCUGAUUUUUCUAUUGGGUUUGUGCCGAGACUGAAGAAUAUGAAGGCGUCUAUGAGAAGAUUGAACCUAUUGGUCGCCCAGACUCUGAUAUUAUGUCAAAUAGUGGCUGCUGUAGACCAAUACUCCAGAGGCCAACGGAAAUUCACGCAGGACAUCGAAUGGUCCUACACAGGGACGUUAAACCAGGCAAACUGGGGUAAGAAGUACCCAUGGUGCAACAGUCCCCGGCAGUCCCCUGUCGACAUCGAUGCCACCUUCACUCAGGCCCGGGCCCAGUUCCAGGGUCUUCGCCUGGAAGGCUGGGAGAAGGAAACCUUAGAGACCACCACCAUCAGGAACGAUGGGAAGACAGUGGUGCUAGGCAUUGAGGGUGAGUACUACGUGAGUGGAGGGGGAUUGAGGUCCAGGUUCCGAGUGGGCCAGAUCACGUUCCAUUGGGGCCGCUGCAACAGCUCCUCAGACGGGUCGGAACACAGCCUCAACGGACGGAAGUUCCCCCUGGAGAUGCAGAUAUACUGCUAUGAGUCAGAGCUCUAUAAGUCAAUAGAGGACGCGAUCAGGGAUGGAGGCAAGAUCACAGCCUUGGCUGUCCUGUUUGAGGCCAGUCUACACGACAACGACAACUACAACACCAUCAUGGAAGGAGUGAACACCGUGAGCAGAUUUGGUAAGAGCAGUUCUGUGGAGCCGUUUUCUCUGCUGGCGCUGUUGCCCAACGCCACAGAUCAAUACUACACGUACAAUGGCUCCCUCACCUCCCCACCCUGCACCGAGACCGUGGAGUGGAUUGUUUUCAAACACAACGUGGCCAUAUCAGAGACUCAGUUGGAGGUGUUCUGCGAGGUGAUGACCAUGGAGCAGGCGGGCUACGUCAUGCUGACUGACUACCUGCAGAACAACUACCGGGAGCAGCGGCUGCAGUUCAGCGGCCAGGUGUUCUCCUCCUACACCGGCGUCGAAGAUCUCCUCACACCCACGUGCAGCUCGGAGCCGGGGAACGUCCAGGCAGACGCCAGCAACGACACGACCAUCGUGGUGACGUGGGAGCGCCCCCGUGUGGUGUUCGACACGACCAUCGACUGGUACUCUGUCUCCUACCAGCGGCUGCAGGGCCGCGAGCAGCCCAGACACGAGUACCGCACCGACGGGGACCAGGACGUGGGCGCCAUCAUCCAUGGCCUGCUGGCGAACAGCAGCUACGUGGUUGAGGUGUUGGCCGUCUGCACCAAUGGCCUGACAGGACGCAUGAGCGACCAGAUCAUCGUGGACAUGCCGCUCGAGGACGCAGAGAGUGAGUCAGGUCCGGACACUGACUCAGCAGAAACUGAAGACAACAAUGAAGACAACGCACCUCAAGUGGAUCAGAACCAGGUGGAUCGGGAAGAAGCCAAAGAUGAAAGCCCAGUGGAGGAGAUCCCGGUGGAGCAGACCAAAGUGUUUCAGAACCGGCUCCUGGAGAUCACAACCCAGCCGAGCCCAGAUCAGAACCUACCCAUCCAGCCCGGCACUCAGAACACGGUUGACCAGAGGAAGCAGAAAGUGGACCCGCCUCGAACUAAACCAGAGCGGGCCGGCUUUGAUCCGAACCUCGUGGACCAGAACAAACGGAUCACCCCGAACCGAACUCACACCAGCUCUGCCUCAGACAGCAAGAGCUCCAUCUGGGUUACCUUGAUGACGGACCAGCCUGGCUUCCUGUUUCCUGUUGCCAAGACAACCAGCAUGCCCGUCCGCCGGCGAAUCACAGAGGAGUCUUCAUUGUCGGCCUCACCCAAGAGCAGAGUCAAGGCUUCCACUUCAGGGGGAGACCUCCCACCACUGGGGGGCGACAUCUUCCCCCUCCCUGCAGUGGAUAUGGAGGUCACUGACAUCUACUUUGAGGAUGUGGUGAACAGUACUUUGUUUGAGCUGCCCCCUUCUACUACGACUCCACAGGGUAACGGAGAUGAUCAAGGAUUGGUCACAUCGCCGCCCAAGGGCGGGGACGUCAGAAGGACCGAGGCUCCGCCUCUCUCGGAGACCCCCCUCUCGGAAACGUCCACUCCCUCCGUGCCCUGGGUCCGGGCGAGAUCCGCGACGCCCAGCAACACCCUCUCCACCGGCGACAGCUCGUCUGGGACCUCGUCCAUCAGCAAGAUCCUGCCUCACACCACCCAGCCCAUGUUCAACGUCAGAACGGACUCCUCCAGCUCUCAGGAACAAUCAGAGAGCUCCCCCCUCCCACCGCCCCUUGCCUCUUCAGUCCUCGACCGCGAGCCCACAGUCUCCGCCUUUGAGGGGGCCACUCCGGCCCCUCCUCCAACCCAGUCUGAAGAGGCCUCCCUCCACAUUCCAGUCCCAGGCACCGGCCCUUCCUCCUCCUCCACCACCACCCGCAUCCUACCCCCGACCCCUGCCAUCUCCACCCCUCCUGAAGGACGCGCAUCCACCCUGCACCCCACCGGUCACUCUCCCCAAGAGGGCCUGCUCGACCCACUCUCUCUGGACGGCAAGAUGGACUCGAGUGGCUCUGGGUCUGGCCUGUACGAUCGCAGCUCGGCCCAGGACAGAGACGUGACCGUGGUUUUCUGGACGGGCCGAGGUGAGGCAGAGCCUGAGACAGUGAGUGAGACAAAGGGUGAGACAGAAGGCGGUAUAAGGGGUGAGACAAGGCCUGAGAAAGCUGGUGAGACAGAGGGUGAGACAGGGGGUGAGACUGGAGAUGAGGGAGGGCCUGAGGGAGGGAGUGAGAAAGGAGAUGAGGGAGAGCCUGAGGAAGGGAGUGAGACAGGAGAUGAGGAAGGGGGCGAGACAGGGCCUGUGACAGGAUAUGAGACAGGGCCUGAGGGAGGGAGUGAGACAGGAGAUGAGGAAGGGGGUGAGACAGGGCUUGUGACAGGAUAUGAGACAGGGCCUGAGGGAGGGAGUGAGAUAGGAGAUGAGACAGAAGGUGAGACAUGGAGUGAGACAGGAGAUGAGGGAGAGGGUGAGACAGCAGGUGAGGGAAGGGGUGAGACAGGUACUGAGGGAUGGGGCGAAAGACAAGGUGAGACAGGGCCUGAGACAGACUUUGAAGGUCUCUACUCUGGCUUCUACUUUGAGGGCGAGUUGACCCUUGAGGCAGAGGGUGAGACCAAGGUAAAGACUGAGAGAGACAGAGAGACUGGGAGAGAGACUGGGAGAGAGACAGAGAGUCCAGCUCAGAUAGAUGGUUUGAAGCCCUCUCUGUGGAGGUCAGCCACCGUUGAGGACGGCAGCGGCUCCGGGGAUGAAGUUGAUGGAGGGACCGAAGGAGGAUUUGAUAGAGAAACAGGUGGAAGUAGGGAAGGACGAGGAGCAGGGAUGAAAGGAGAUGGAGGAAGAGAAGGAGGUGGAAAAGGAGGAAUAGCGGGAGGAGGAGGGGGGAAAGAAGGUCGAGGAGCUAAAGAGGAUCUUCUCGGUGUUGGUAACUUGACAGUAGAGCUGCGGCUCCCUGUGUUUAACAUCAGCACGGCUGUGGAGCUGAACAGGAAAGAGGGCAGUAACAGCAGCCAUGAGUCCAGGGUUGGCAUGGUGGGCAGCGGGGUGGAGAGGGAGCGGAGGACUGUGGUGCCCCUGGCGGUGGUCUCCACUCUCACCAUCCUCUGUCUCCUCGUCCUGGUUGGCAUCCUCAUCUACUGGAGGAACUGUUUCCAGACAGCAAAUUUCUACCCAGAGGACAAUGCAUCGCCCAAAGUGGUUUCGGCUCCGUUGACACCCCUGCUGCUAGCUGCGGAGGAACAGCAGGAGGCCAUGUCGGUGAAGCAGUUUGUGAAGCACGUGGCAGAACUCCACAGCACCAACACCUUCUCCAAGGAGUUUGAGAUUGUGAAAGAGUGUUGUGAGGAGGUUCAGGAGUGCACCGUGGACUUGAGCGUCACCACAGAGAGCUCCAACCACCCUGACAACAGGACUAAGAACAGAUACAUCAACAUCCUGGCUUAUGACCACAGUCGAGUCAAACUCACCAACAGUCUGGACGGGAAGGGCAAAGUGUCAGACUACAUCAAUGCCAACUUUGUGGAUGGGUUCGAGCGUCCCCGGGCGUACAUCGCUGCCCAGGGGCCCCUGAGGGCCGGCAGGGAGGACUUCUGGAGGAUGGUGUGGCAGCAGAACGUGGGCGUCAUCAUCAUGAUCACCAACCUACUGGAGAAGGGAAGGAGGAAGUGUGAGCAGUACUGGCCAGAGGAGAACCAGGAGGACUAUGGUCAGUACCAGGUGAGCCUGCGCAGCUCCAAGACCCUGGCCUACUACACCCUGAGAACGUUCACCCUCAGAGACAGCAGCCAGAAGGCCUCCCAGAAGGGCCGUGGUACAGAGAGGACAGUGCUCCAGUACCACUACACCCAGUGGCCCGACAUGGGGGUCCCAGAGUACACCCUCCCCGUCCUCUCCUUCGUCCGGACCUCCACCCAGGACCGGACCAACGACUCGGGCCCUGUCCUCGUUCACUGCAGCGCCGGCGUGGGCAGGACAGGCACCUACAUCGUGCUGGACAGCAUGUUGCAGCAGAUCCAGGAGCAGGGCAAGGUCAACGUGCUCGGCUUCCUCAAACACGUUCGAACGCAGAGGAACUACCUGGUUCAGACCGAGGAGCAGUACGUAUUUACCCACGAUGCACUGGUGGAGGCCAUCCUCAGCAAAGACACGCUGGUGACCUCCGACCUCAUUCACUCAUACGUGUCUGACCUGCUGACCCCAGCGCCCUCGGGCAGGACACGCAUGGAGAAGCAGUUUAAGCUGGUCAGUCAACGCAGGGCCCGACAGUCGGACUACGCUACCGCCUUGAAGGAAGGCAACGCUGAGAAGAACAGAAGCUCCUCUCUCAUGCCUGUGGAGCGAUCCAGAGUGUGUUUGUCCACGGCCGGAAGCGAUUCCUCCGACUACAUCAACGCUUCCUACGUCAUGGGGCACCACCAGAGCAGGGAGUUCAUUCUGACCCAGACUCCUCUGGUCAGCACUGUGUCCGACUUCUGGAGAAUGGUCUGGGACCACAACGCGCGAGUCAUCGUUGCCCUGCCCGACACACAUACACAGUCGUGUCAGAGCCCUAGAGAGGAGCCGUGGGUGUACUGGCCCAGCAAAGACCAACCAAUCAGCUGCAAGGGUUUCACUGUGUCGUUCUCUGGAGAAGAACACGUCUGCCUGGCCAAUGAGGAGAGACUGGUUGUCCAGGACUUCAUACUGGAGGCCACACAGGAUGACUAUGUGCUGGAGGUGAGGCAGUAUGCCUCCCGCUGCUGGCCCAACCCAGACAGCCCCAUCAGGAACUGCUUUCAGCUGGUCAACAUCGUCAGAGAGCACGGCAGGGAGAGGGAUGGCCCAGUGGUGGUACAUGACCGGCUGGGGGGGACCACGGCGGGGCUGUUCUGCGCCCUCACCACCCUGUGUCACCAGCUGGAGCAGGAGGCCAGCGUGGACGUGUACCAGGUGGCCCGCAUGACCAACCUCAUGAGGCCCGGGGUCUUCAACGACCUGGAGCAGUACCAGUUCCUGUACCGGGCAGUGCUGAGUCUGGUGAGCAGUCAGGAGGACCAGAAGACACUGCAGUCUUCCGAGACUAACGGUUCGAUUCCCCAUGGCACGGUCAUCACCGCCGAGAGUCUGGAGUCCCUCAUGUAGCCUCUCUCUGUGACACACACACACACACAUAUAUACUAGCACACACACACAGCACACACAUACUGACAAACACAUACGUACACGCACACACAGGCGUGCAAUGAAGACGCACUCACAAACACGCACAUGCACGGGAGCACACACUAAGUUACACUUACACACACACACCCACACACACACACACACACACCCACACACACACACACACACACUGGGAGGAAGCGUAACAUCUUGCUGACAGGAGCCCAACAAUCUUGGUCAUAUCCUCUUUGUGUUUAUGUCAUUGCUGGACCGUGGAAGUUUUCAGACAUAGCGGUUUAUUCUCUUCCACUCCUACUGCCUAACAGUACCAACCACAGGGUUUAGUAGCACUGUUGUGUGAACUCAACUUUCGAUCUUUUAUAUACCUAUGAAAUCAGCUGCCAUAUUGGCUUUAGCUUGCCCUCAGCCUAGCUCUCCAACAGUCUGUGAAUUUGACCUGUCUAGACUACAGUGUUGCAGCCUGCUCCAUGAAGUCUUGUAUGCUGUGCCUUUUUGUAAUUCAUGUUGGACUUUGAUACAACUGUUGUAUGACUAAUGCCAAAAUGUCUUGUGUGUGUGUGUGUGUCUGUCUCGCUUAUUCCAGUGGUGUCUUUCAUUUAACCAGUUCUACUCUGAAAAUGUCCUGCUCGUGUAGUUGCCACAAAGGGAAAACAUGAUGUUACUUAUUUGAUUUCUGUCUUUUCUUUUUUUUCUCAGUCUUCAAUGGUUUGGUUUUGAAGAUGUUUUGACAAACGGGACGUUUGAAUAAUAUUGUUUUAUCUGGUAAAUGUAAAUAUCCUAUAACUCUAAUCUACAGGCCAAAAUUAUUUAUACCUUUAGAUUUUAUAUUUUACUAUAAGGGUGGUUUUUGUAGUCAUUUACAAAUGUAUAACUGUUGAUAAUUUAGGAGGAACAUUGAUUAUGUUUGGAAUAAUCCUAAAAUGUUUGCUCUUUUUCUAUCUCAUGAUAAUAGACAAACUUUUUUUCUUGUGGCCAUUGGCACCAUGUAUAUAAAGAUGGGUUCACACAAAAAUAAAGAACUUGAUUUACU